CAAUUAUAGUAGAGAGUAGAAUCAGAGAGAAAAUGUCACCAAGUAUCUUCAGUUUGAGUGCAUCUAUUAGAGGCAAUACAACGUGUACCGCAAGAAGUAAAGUUAAUACAAUCAAUGACGUCGCCACAGCUGUUGAUGUUGCACUUGCUGUUCAUCUUAUCAGCAUUUAGAAAAAUGGAGGCACACAAAUACUACGCCUAUGAUGCUGGAAGUACUCCUCAUUUAAUUAGUCGUCGCACUUUCAAUGCACAUCCAACAGUUCAACGCAGAACUAUAGAGAAUCAGUGCAAUCAAAAAGGAGAGAUUACUCAUUGGAUUAACCAGCAAGUUGAAAGAAAUACAAAACUCACGGAAUUCAAUCAAAAAUUACAGAAAAUUCUGGAUAACGUGAAUGAUCAUAACACUACGGAGAAAGCUCACUGUUGCUUCUAUGAGAAUAACACCAUGAAUAAAGUUUUUGCGGAUAUUACAAUGCUGUCGCAGAAAUACAAUAUUGAUGGAGGAGCUGCACUGAAGUCAACUGGAGAUAUGGGUCAGGACUUGGAUCGCAUUUUAGAGAGACUUAAGCAACUUGUUGGCAAAGACAUGAAAAGUUGCUGUGAUCUUUUAACUGCCAAACUUAAAGAACUGGAAGCAGACUUUAUCAAGCAGCUGGAAGAACUGAAACACAAAAUAAAUAAGAAUCCAGAAACACAAGAAAAUCUAUUAAAAGAAAACGAACUUGAGCUAAAGAAUAAAUUAGAAAAAUUAAAGGAACGAAUGGAGCAGCUUGAAAAGAAACAGCUAGAAAACGAAAAAAUAUCUGGAAAAGGAACUUGUUGCAAAGAAUUAGAACAUAAACUAAAAGAAUUGCAGAGCCAAGUAGAAACUGCAAAAACUGGAAACAAAACAGCAGAUCUCGAUAAGGAACUUCAAGAUCUUCUAGAUAAGCAAAAAGAGCAGGUUACUAAAAUAAAAGAAAUUGAAGAGGAGCUAAAGAAACGAGCAGCGAAUGUGCAGAAAGUAUUGGAAAAUUGCGAAAAGCGAUGCGGAAAUAAACAAACUGGAAAUCAAACAAAUGGGGAAACUAACAAUGAAAAUAGUGGAGUUAAUGAUGAUUCGCGAAGAUUGGAUACUUUAGAACAAAUGAUUCUAAAUCUCAUAGAAAACCAUAAGAAACUAAAUAAUAUGCUUGAAAAAAUGACACAAUGCAAGCGUGCAGAUAAUUGUGAACAAAAACGGAUUAAAGAUCAAUCUGAAUUCCAGUCACAAAUUGAAAAGGCGAAGGUUUGCUGCCAGGACAUCGAUAAAUUGGGCCAGGACAAUGAAGAACUACGACAAAAUAUUAAACAGAUGAAUGCGAGCUACACAGACCAUUUAUCGCAGCUAAACAACGAUAUUAAAGAAUUACAAAAUGGCCUUAAAGAUGCUCUAAAAAAAUCAGAGAAUCCAGACAAGGACAAUAAUAAAGAAUCGAGUAAGAAUCAGGAAUUUAAAAGUGAACUAGAUGAUAUAAAUAAGAAACUUGAUCAAUUGCAACUCACGCUCAUUGAUAACAAAAAUAAACUAAACAAUGUGCAGCAACAAUCGAAUAACAACUUCAGGGAGCUAACCAACAGUUUAGAAACUCAGAAAAAUGCUAACAAACAGUUCGAAAAGGAUGCAGAGAAACGUUUCGAUGAGCUCAAUUCUAAGGGCAAAAACGAGAAGCCAGUCGAUCAAGCUGAUCGCUUGGAUCGUUUGGAAAAAGAGCAAAACCAAUUAAGCGAGAAUAUAAACAAAACUCAGGAUUUACAGAAACGCGUAGAAGAGUUGGAGAAAAAGCUAAAAGAAGCUCUUGACGAUCUUCAGGCAUCUAAAUCAACAGUUGUUAAGUGUUCCCUGAAAUGUAAACAAUUGGAUAAUAUUAACGAUAUGAUUAAACGCAUUGAAGAUCUUGAAGUUAAGGUAAAAAAUCAUAAAAGCUCAAAAAAUGGUAAAUCUAAUGAUAAACCGAAGAAGAAACGUAAGGGAUCUGCUAUAGGAGGCGUCGAUUUUGAAUAAAUGGAGUUUAUCUUACAAAAUUUUAUUAAUGUUAUUAACAUGUCAAAUAAAUCCUAGUAAUUAAUUA